AUGGAUGCAGAUAAUCUGCGCACCGCGUCUCUAUACAUCAACAACCAACUUCUUUUUCGAGGACUCCUACGAAAUGGACAAACAAUUGACUUUGCGCGCCCGCAUAAAUCGAAAGAGGGAUUGGAUGUCACCAUGGGAAAGAUAAUGAGCGUCGUGAAUGAUCUAAUUUUGAGGAGAGAUCGGGAUUCCCAACAACGGGAAAAUCUCUCUCAGACAAUCCGAGCUUUGCACGCAGAUGCUUCACGAUCGACGACUGAUACAGAGCGACUUACGACGAAGAAUAUCGAAUUACAACGGAAGGUUGGGAUAGCGGAUGCGACGGAACGGGCUUUGAAGACGCAGCUGAGAAGUGGAGAGCAGGCGAUCAGGGGAUUGAAGGAGGAUAUGGCGAGGAUGAAGAUAUUGGUGGGACAGACAAGGGCGCAGUGUGCGAAUGAGGUUAGGAAGAAAGAAAGAGUUAUUGAGGGAAUGAAGAAACACGUUGGGGAAGGUGGGAGAGCAAGGGGCAGUGGAAAAGCUGUUGGUGUUGCGACUAUUAACGUGGUCGCUGGGGUUGGAGGUGAUAAUGGGAGCGGGGCAGAAAUGGGCACGGAAGAUGAGGGGUAUGAUUUGAAGAUGGAGACGAAUGAAUUUUUGACUGAGUUGGCCAGAGGGCUGAGUGAUGAGAACGAAUCGUUAGGGGGGUUGGUGAGAAGGACCAUUGAGACAUUGAGAAUGGUUUCUGGUUGUGAAAAAGAGGAGGAACAAGAUGCUGGGAUGGUGAUACACAUGGAGAGUUCUUAUGAGCAUCUUGCUUCUGGGAUGGAGUUCGUAAUUGAGCAUCUCCGAACGAUCCUGACAAAUCCAUCGUUUGUCUCGUUAGAAGAAGUGGAGGUUAGAGAGGAAGAGAUCAUAAGAUUACGAGAAGGCUGGGAAAAAAUGGAGUCCAGAUGGAAGGAUGCUGUGCUUAUGAUGGAUGGAUGGCGCAACAGAAUGGCUAGGAGUGGUCAAACCGUCAAUAUCGAGGAAUUGAAAUUGGGAUUAAGCCUGAGCCCUUUCAAACCUUCUGCAGAAUCCAAUUACGAAGUCCUUCAGUUAUCCAUGGUACAGGAAGAAGAUGAAGAAGAUGAAGAAGAUGAAGAAGCUGAUGAAGAAGAUGAGGACGAAGGCGACACACAAGCAGAUAUUGAUGCCAUGAAUGAUUCAGGCAUCGGUGGCCAUGCGGAGCCCGAAUUUGAUGACGAGGAAGAAUUAAGCGAUGUUGACUCUAGCAUGUUUGAAGAAGAGCCUGAGGAAACAAGAGAAGAGGAAAUGGAAGCCGAUGAGCAAGAAGAUUAUGAUGAAGUCUCCGAGGAACAACCACAAACAGCAGAUAUCACAUUUGAUACAGUAUCAUCCCUGCCAGGGACACCUCCUAAAAUGUCCCCUCUUUGCGAAACAACCAAUGGGAACCGAGGUAGUCCCACAAGACCAAGCCCCGACGGAUUUACCACUAUUGUGGAAGAGAAUACUUGGGAUCUCUUACAACUCGAGCAAUCCUCAACUCAGCCCAAAUCUAUGUCGGCCCCAACAACUAAACCCCUCCCUAAGAAAGAAAAGAAAAAGGAAAUAAUACAACUCUCCAUUCCAUCCACAGACGAAACCGCCCUCCUUAAAACCCCAACUCCAGCGCUCUCCGCCCAUUCCUCAACCAGAUUUUCGGCCGUAAGAGAGACAAGAUCCUCAGCUGCAAGAGCAGCUUCGGCUAAAAAAGUCGUCCACUCAACCCCCAAACCAAAAGCCACCCCAAAAGUCCAACUCCAACCCCCUACGUCCGCAAGUCGCUUACCUCGGCCACCCCACAUACCACCUCAACAAAGUCCUCUCACUAUGGCCAGCAUAGCCGCCAAACUCGCCGCCUCGGAACGAGAAGCAGACGCUGCAAGAGUGAAGGCUAAAUUGAAAGCUGCAAAACUAGGACGUAAUGCUACCUCUACUGCCAGCACAAUUGCCCCGCGGUCCAGAAGUCCAAGUAAAAAGAAAGAACCAGAAGUUACGAGAUUAAUGCCCCCACCUUCUUCGCCUGUCAAAGAGGAACCGGUCAAAAGUGGCAGUACUUGUAGCACGACAGUGAAAAGUCCAGAAAAGGACAUGAGUGCCGUAUCAAGUAGGAAGAGAAAAGUGAGAGCGAGUAGGGAUAGGGAUCAUGGAAGAGCGGCGAGGAGAAGAAGUACUUUGAGUCCGUGGGAACUGGAGAGUUUAAUUUCAGGGGGGGUAGGAUCACCCAGGCAGGAAAAAUGA